AUGACGUGUUUCGGUCUCUGCGCAUCUGGUGGAGAGCCUGGGAUACGCCGGCAGAAAGAGGCCGGACCACCAUUCGGUCAGUCACUGCUGUCGGUCGGACACCUGGCGAGCGAGAUGGGUGUGAGUGAAUGCGUAUGUACGCUUCGUUACGAAGGCAAGCAAUGUGAACAAGAACGAUGUUUGAACGGUGGUCGACGGCACGCUGUAAAUGGAAAGGUUCGAUGUCAUUGUCCGUUUGGUCUGACUGGAGAACGCUGUGAAAAGGUCACAUAUUGUGAACCCGAUAAAGGUAAAUUGGUGAACGGCAAAUGUGAAUGUAACGCUAAAUGGACUGGACUAUUCUGUCAAAUGCGUACAUGUUACAACGGAAUUCCUACCAGUGGAAUGGAUGGUUUCUGCCUUUGUGACAUCGGUUUCACCGGCCCGUUUUGUGACGUUCCACUGAUCUGCGAAAAUGGUGGCAAAGUUACCCAGGAUAACGAGUGUUCCUGUCCACUGGGAUACACCGGAGAAAGAUGUGAAGUUUGCUCCAUCGGUCACGUACGUGAGAAAGACCGGUGCAUUCCUGAGCACAAGAUAAAUGCAUUAGGCUUCAUCAAGAGUAUUUUCACAAACCAAUUUCCCAUCCUAUUUCAGGUAUCUGAGUCGUCUCUGCUGUCGAACGCUGGAAGUUUGACAUCACAAACCUUCUCCUGGCCAAUCAUAAUCAUCGGCUGUGUGGCCGCAAUUAUUGCCAUUCUUUUCAUCAGCAUUGUGGGUGUGGCAAUUCAACGAUGGAGUUCGAAAACUUCUAGAGAAAGCAGUGUUCGAGGACAACCGGAUGCUACCGACGUUUAA